AUGAUGGACUUGUCCAAGCUACCUCUGCGAGAGCAGCUUGCGUACCAAUACCCCUACGAGCUAAAAGCCAAGUUCCCCGCCUACAUCUGGCAGACCUGGAGACGUACGCCCGCCGAUGAAGGCUUCGAGUUCCCCGAGCACGAGGCGAGCUGGACUGAGCAACACCCAGGCUUCAUCCAUGAGGUCAUCACAGACGAUGUCGCCCAUUCGCUUCUGAGCCUUUUCUACGCUUCCGUACCCUCCGUUCUUGAGGCUUUUGAGGCCCUACCCCUCCCCGUGCUCCGUGCCGACUUCUUUCGCUAUCUCAUCCUGUUUGCUCGUGGCGAGCAUCCCCGCAAGACCGUCGGCCUCGUCAUCGGCAUCGAGGCCGAUCCGGACCGCGAGGACUGGGCUGAGUGGUACAGCCGCCGCAUCCAGUUUUGCCAGUGGACCAUUCAAGCUAAGCCCGGUCACCCCGCCCUGCGUGAGGUCAUUGCUCGUAUCACCGAAGAGACCCUGAAGCGCAAGCAGGCUGGCUCCCUGAAAAAGACCCUCGGCGACAACGUCAUCGAGUUCACCGGGCCUGCUAUCUGGACCGAUGCUCUGUUCGACUACUUCAACGAUGGCAAGUUCUUCAAGAAGGCAAACACCAACGUCAUCGACUGGCACAACUUCACGGGCAUGACGGCACCUAAGAAGGUGGGCGACGUCGUUGUUCUGCCCAUCACCGGCUUUUCCCCAGGUGUUAAGCAGAUGGGUGCCGGCGAGUACGAUGAUCCCCAGGCCAUGGUCAAACACGAGUUUGAAGGCACUUGGAAGCCGGAGCAUGAACGCCACAUUGGCGAAAUUUUUGACGAGUAA